CCGGAGAGGAGCGUGUGGAGUCCCUAAUUUCAGACGGGUGUGUUCCAGGUGGACUGCUGGCUAAGGGUGAGAAGAUGCCUUCUGCAUCCUGUGACACACUACUGGAUGACAUAGAAGAUAUUGUGACCCAAGAAGAUUCAAAGCCACAAGAUAGGCAUUUUGCAAGAAAGCAUAUUGUUCCAAAGGUGCGAAAACGAAAUUCCCAGAAGUACUUGCAAGAGGAAAACAGCCCACCAAGUGAUAGCAUUAUUCCAGGCAUCCAGAAAGUUUGGAUACGAACGUGGGGUUGUUCGCAUAAUAAUUCAGAUGGAGAGUAUAUGGCCGGACAGCUAGCUGCCUAUGGAUAUGAAAUUACAGACAAGGCAUCAGACGCAGACUUGUGGCUCCUAAAUAGUUGCACGGUGAAAAACCCAGCUGAGGACCACUUCCGGAACUCCAUCAAAAAAGCCCAGGAGGAGAACAAGAAAGUAGUACUAGCUGGAUGUGUCCCUCAGGCCCAGCCUCACCAGGACUACCUCAAGGGCCUGAGCAUCAUAGGGGUUCAACAGAUAGAUCGUGUGGUAGAAGUUGUCGAGGAAACCAUUAAAGGUCACUCUGUGAGACUGCUGGGUCCGAAAAAAGAUAAUGGAAAACGGUUGGGGGGCGCACGGUUGGAUUUGCCGAAGAUUAGGAAGAAUCCACUGAUAGAAAUCAUUUCCAUCAAUACUGGGUGUCUCAAUGCUUGUACCUACUGCAAAACUAAGCACGCCAGAGGGACCCUGGCCAGUUACCCGAUUGAUGAACUAGUGGAUAGAGCCCAGCAGUCUUUUCAAGAGGGUGUUUGCGAGAUAUGGCUGACCAGCGAAGACACCGGCGCAUAUGGCAGAGACCUUGGCACCGAUCUCCCCACGCUGCUGUGGAGGCUGGUGGCAGUGAUUCCGGAGGGAGCCAUGCUGAGGCUGGGCAUGACAAACCCGCCCUAUAUCUUGGAGCACCUGGAGGAAAUGGCAAAAAUCCUCAAUCACCCCAGAGUCUAUGCGUUUCUGCACAUACCAGUCCAGUCUGCCUCGGACAGCGUGCUCAUGGACAUGAAAAGAGAAUACUGCGUGGCUGACUUCAAACGAGUCGUGGAUUUUCUGAAAGAGAAAGUUCCUGGAAUCACGAUUGCUACAGACAUCAUCUGUGGUUUUCCUGGAGAAACAGAUCAAGAUUUUCAAGAAACAGUGAAACUCGUGGAAGAGUACAAAUUUCCAAGCCUCUUUAUUAACCAGUUUUACCCAAGACCGGGAACUCCGGCUGCAAAAAUGGAGCAAGUUCCAGCACAAGUGAAAAAGCAAAGAACGAAAGAUCUUUCUCGGGUGUUUCAUUCUUACAACCCAUAUGACCACAAGGUAAGAGAAGCGUGCUGUCAGUACACUACACUGGUAACUGAGCAAAAUGCAGACUCACAGUACUGGAUCGCUCAUCUUCUGAUUUUUUUUAAGGUAUUGGUGCCAAAGAACCCCUCGUUUAUGGGGAAAAUGGUCGAAGUGGACAUUUAUGAAUCCGGAAAGCAUUUCAUGAAAGGACAGCCAGCCUCAGAUGCCAGAAUCUACACCCCCUCCAUCAGCAAGCCCUUAGCCAAGGGAGAAGUCUCGGGCGUAACAGAGGAGUUCAGAAGCAGGUGCGGGAGCCACGUGCGCGCGCCCUCUGUCCCCUCCUCUGCAAGUCAGCGGGGAUCGGUGAGCUCCAGGACCGUGCUGCGGCUGCACCGGCUCCAUGACGCCUGCGCGCUGAAGAUCUCUGUGGGCCUGGCCCUGCUGGCUCUGCUCUUCGCCCUUUUUGUGAAGGUCUAUAAUUAGAACACAACUGAAGGACAGUCCGCGGAGGAGAACAGCUUUCUAAUUAACAUCACCACCGAGCAAGAAAGCAAGCAGAGAACACUGUCCAAGGGCAACCUUUGUGCCCUGCCCUACCCCGUCCACCAGGAGACAACCCGCUGCCUUUUUGACCUUGAACCGGACAACGUCGCCACAGCAUCUUUUAAAUUAAGCUCAUUUUGGUUUAUUUUUAGUAAGUAGUUGCAUUAAAAGAGGGGAUAAAAAACAAAACCCAACAACAAACCUCAGUCUCCAAGUCAUACACUUCGGGCGCAGUGGUCUGGGCAUCAUUUCUUAUGUGGGAAGAGCUUUAAAUCUUCAAUAAACAUUUCUAAAUCAA